UCCGUUGCGAAGGGGACUAGUCCAGCGCAGGACGAGACGCUUUUGCAACCCAGCUGGUUCCGGUUGGGAAAGAUGGCGGUGGCUGGGGCUGCGUCCCGGGAGCCGCUAGUACGCUGGUGCACUCAGCAGUUGCGGAAAACUUUCGCCCUGGAUGUCAGCGAGGAGAUCAUACAGUAUGUUUUGUCAAUUGAGAGCGCUGAAGAGCUACGAGAAUAUGUGACAGAUCUUCUCCAGGGAAAUGAAGGGAGAAAGGGUCAAUUUAUAGAAGACCUUAUAAGUAAAUGGCAAAAGAAUGAUCAAGAGUUGAUUCCUGAUUCUUUUCAGCAGUGCCUGAAAAAAGAUGAAAUUUUAGAUGGACAGAGAUCUGUAGACCAGUUAAAGCGGAGUAGGAGGAAAGGAAGAAACAAACAGGAAGUUCCUGCAUUUCCUGAACCUGACUUGACUAUAGAGGUCAAAACACCUUUAGAUUUGGCCAAGGCACAAGAAAGCAGUAACUCAGUAAAGAAGAAGACAAAAUUUGUCAAUUUAUACACAAGAGAGGGACAGGACAAACUUGCAGUCCUGCUUCCUGGUCGUCACCCAUGUGAUUGCCUGGGACAGAAGCACAAACUCAUCAAUAACUGUCUGGUCUGUGGGCGGAUCGUCUGCGAGCAAGAGGGCUCUGGCCCCUGCUUAUUCUGUGGCUCUUUGGUAUGUACUAAUGAAGAACAGGACAUUUUACAGCGUGACUCAAACAAAAGCCAGAAACUACUAAAGAAGCUCAUGUCAGGGGCAGAAAAUUCUGGAAAGGUAGACAUCUCUACCAAGGACCUUCUUCCUCAUCAAGAGGCUCGGAUUAAGUCUGGUCUGGAGAAGGCCAUCAAGCAUAAAGAGAAGCUGCUAGAGUUCGACAGAACUAGUGUCCGAAGGACCCAAGUUAUUGAUGAUGAGUCAGAUUACUUUGCCAGUGACUCCAACCAGUGGCUGUCCAAAGUUGAGCGGGAAGCCCUGAAGAAACGAGAGGAGGAGCUGAGAGAACUGCGACAUGCCUCACGACUCUCUAGAAAAGUCACCAUUGACUUUGCAGGGCGGAAGAUCGUAGAAGAUGAAAAUCCACUAGCUGAAUAUCACAGCAGACUAGAUGAGACAAUACAGGCCAUUGCCAAUGGAACUUUGAACCAGCCACUUAGCACAUUGGAUAGAUCCUCUGAAGAACCUUUGGGAGUUUUGGUAAAUCCCAACCUGUACCAAAGCCCUCCCCAGUGGGUAGACAACACUGGCUCAACCCCACAGAAGACUUCACUCUCAGCAGGACCAAGACUAGAGCCCAGUUUACAUCAGCACCAGCUGCGAAUCCAGGACCAGGAAUUCCAGGAAGGCUUUGAUGGUGGCUGGUGCCUCUCCAUGCAUCAGCCCUGGGCCUCUCUGCUUGUCAGAGGGAUUAAAAGGGUGGAGGGCAGAUCCUGGUAUACGCCUCACAGAGGAAGACUUUGGAUUGCAGCCACAGGCAAAAGACCUUCCCCUCAAGAGGUCUCAGAACUCCAGGCUACCUAUCGUCUUCUUCGUGGAAAAGAUGUGGAAUUUCCAAAUGAUUAUCCAUCAGGUUGUCUUCUGGGCUGUGUGGACCUAAUUGAUUGCUUAUCCCAGAAACAAUUUCAGGAGCAGUUCCCGGACAUCAGUCAAGAGUCUGAUUCUCCAUUUGUUUUCAUCUGCAAAAACCCUCAGGAAAUGGUUGUGAAGUUUCCUAUUAAAGGAAAUCCUAAAAUCUGGAAACUGGAUUCCAAGAUCCAUCAAGGAGCAAAGAAGGGGUUAAUGAAGCAGAAUAAAGCUGUCUGACCCAGGAAAAAAGGAACUAUACAGAAUAGUGAAGUCUUGUAUACUAAAUUGCUAUCCGCUGUUCCUUUGGGAUUGAAGCAGUACAAAGCUAAAGGCUUGACAUGACACCAGGCUUCAAUUCUGAGAAUUUAAACUCUUACAAAUCUGUAUAUAUUUUUUACAAGGUGGGAUUCUUUAUGGAGUGGGCCAAAAUCUUUGAAUACAUUAUUUAUAAAAUCUCAUUUUAAAAA